CUUCUCAGCUAUUUAAUCUAAUCUGAACAUUAUAAACUACUCACAAACAACAACGACCAUCAAGAAUAACCAAUCAAAUUUAAUAAAACAAAGAACAAAAUGGGUGCCAAAGAAAGUGUAGAGGCAGCCGCCAAAAUGAAUGCCGAUGGCUGGGGUCAUGUGGAGCGUGGAAGUCGCUACCACGGCCAUCGGCAUAAUCAACGCUCCCAGUCGCUAAAUCGCGGACAGGCGCUCUCUCAGGCGGAUGUAAGCGGCAUGUGGUGA